AUGCCGACCGUCCACCUCCUCGACUACGUCGCCGGCAAUGUCCGCUCGCUCGUCAAUGCCAUUGAGAAGGUUGGCUACACCGUCGAGUGGGUGAGGUCGCCCGCCGACGUGCCCGCCGCAGAGAAACUCAUCAUUCCCGGUGUCGGCCACUUCGGCCACUGCCUCAGCCAACUCGAGAAAGCCGGGUACGUCGAGCCGAUCCGUGCACACAUCAAGGCCGGCAAGCCGUUCAUGGGGAUAUGUGUCGGCCUGCAGGCGCUGUUCGAGGGCUCGGAAGAGGACGCGGAAGUCAAGGGCCUCGGCAUCAUUCCAGCCAGACUGCGCAAGUUCAACGACGCAGACAAGAGCGUGCCGCACAUUGGCUGGAACAGCGCGAACACGUCGCGGACCGCCGGAGCGAAUGACGAAUCGCUCUUCGGACUGCGGCCGACGUCCAAGUACUACUACGUCCACUCAUACGCCGCGCCGUACGAGGAGGGCAGGCUCGAGAAGGAUGGCUGGCAGGUCGCGACGGCGCGCUACGGCAAUGAGGAGUUCAUCGGCGCAGUGGCCAAGGACAACAUCAUGGCGACGCAGUUCCACCCCGAGAAGAGCGGUGCUGCUGGUCUGCGCGUCAUCAAGGCGUUCUUGGAGGGGAAAAGGUCACAGAAGCUGGGUGAGCAGCCGUCCGCAGCUGAGUGCAAGGAGGGCCUCACACGGCGGGUCAUCGCAUGUCUCGACGUGCGGACAAACGACCAGGGUGAUCUGGUAGUCACAAAGGGCGAUCAGUACGACGUCCGGGAAAAGGACGGCACUGCUGGAGUGCGCAACCUGGGCAAGCCAGUCGACAUGGCGAAGAAGUACUACGAGCAGGGCGCCGACGAGGUUACCUUCCUCAACAUCACCUCCUUCCGCAACUGCCCCGUCGCCGACACGCCCAUGCUCGAGAUCCUGCGCCGAGCCAGCGAGACUGUCUUUGUCCCGCUGACAAUAGGCGGCGGCAUCCGCGACACCGUCGACACUGACGGAACCAGAAUCUCCGCCCUCGACAUCGCAACCAUGUACUUCAAGUCCGGCGCGGACAAAGUCAGCAUCGGCUCCGACGCCGUCACAGCCGCAGAGGAGUACUACGCCCGCGGCAAGAAGCUCGCAGGCAACACAGCCAUCGAGACCAUCUCCUCCGCGUACGGAAACCAGGCCGUCGUCAUCAGCGUCGAUCCCAAGCGUGUAUACGUCUCCUCGCCCGAUGCGACACAGCACCACUCCAUCAAGACGGCCACACCGGGCCCCAGCGGCGAGCAGUACUGCUGGUACCAGUGCACCAUCAAGGGCGGACGCGAGGGCCGCGACUUCGACGUCCGGCAACUUGUGCAGGCGGUGGAAGCCAUGGGCGCAGGAGAGAUUCUGCUGAACUGCAUCGACAAAGACGGAAGCAACAGCGGUUUCGACCUCGAGCUUAUCAACGACGUGAAGGAUGCGGUUACCAUUCCGGUUAUUGCGAGUAGUGGUGCCGGAAAUCCGGGACACUUUGAUGAGGUGUUUGCGAAGACGAGGACUGACGCUGCGCUGGGCGCUGGGAUGUUUCACCGCGGCGAGUACACUGUCAAGGAUGUGAAGGACCACCUGCAAGAGAAGGGCCAGGUCGUGCGACCAUUUGAGGCAGACGUAUAG